AUGUCUACCCACGCUAAGAUUUUAUCUCAGGCUCCAACUGAAUUAGAAUUACAAGUUGCCCAAGCUUUCACUGAGUUAGAAAACUCUUCUGCCGACUUAAAGGCUGAAUUAAGACCAUUGCAAUUCAGAUCCAUCAGAGAAAUCGAUGUUGCCGGUGGUAAGAAAGCCUUAACUAUUUUUGUCCCUGUCCCAUCCUUAGCUGCCUACCACAAGGUUCAAGCCAAGCUAACUCGUGAAUUAGAAAAGAAAUUCCCUGACAGACACGUUAUUUUCUUAGCUGAAAGAAGAAUCUUACCAAAGCCAGCUAGAAACACCAGACAAGGUCAAAAGAGACCAAGAUCUAGAACCUUAACUGCCGUUCACGACAAAAUCUUAGAAGAUAUGGUUUUCCCAACUGAAAUUGUCGGUAAGAGAGUUAGAUACUUAGUCGGCGGUAACAAAAUCCAAAAGGUUUUAUUAGACUCCAAGGACAUCCAACAAGUUGACUACAAAUUAGAAUCUUUCCAAGCAGUUUACUCCAAGUUAACUGGUAAGCAAAUUGUUUUCGAAAUUCCAUCUGAAACUCACUAA